AUGGAACAACAUACUCCUGAAACAAGACCACAGGAACAACAUACUCCUGAAACAAGACCACAGGAACAACAUACUCCUGAAACAAGACCACGGGAACAACAUACUCCUGAAACAAGACCACAGGAACAACAUACUCCUGAAACAAGACCACAGGAACAACAUACUCCUGAAACAAGACCACAGGAACAACAUACUCCUGAAACAAGACCACAGGAACAACAUACUCCUGAAACAAGACCACAGGAACAACAUACUCCUGAAACAAGACCACAGGAACAACAUACUCCUGAAACAAGACCACAGGAACAACAUACUCCUGAAACAAGACCACAGGAACAACAUACUCCUGAAACAAGACCACAGGAACAACAUACUCCUGAAACAAGACCACAGGAACAACAUACUCCUGAAACAAGACCACAGGAACAACAUACUCCUGAAACAAGACCACAGGAACAACAUACUCCUGAAACAAGACCACAGGAACAACAUACUCCUGAAACAAGACCACGGGAACAACAUACUCCUGAAACAAGACCACAGGAACAACAUACUCCUGAAACAAGACCACAUGGAACAACAUACUCCUGA